AUGUCGAAAGUUGUCAGUAACAAGGAGAAGAAAUCCUUCAGUAAAAAGCUCUUCCGGAGGAGCUCGGUCCGCUCCGUGGGGAGCUUUAUGAACAGAGUUCUCCGGACUCUAUCGACUCUGUCUCAUUUCGGCACAGACGAGCAGGCCGCCGAGGAUGAGAAGGACGACGCGGGUUCGAUCCCCAAUACUACCGGGGGGUCGGUACCUUCAGACGACAGCGACUGUGGGGGUUUCCCGUUCGGGGAUAAAGUGCCAGGUGUAGCCGGGCUGAAAAAUCACGGCAACACCUGCUUUAUGAACGCUAUCCUGCAGUGCCUGAGCAACACGGAGCUGUUCGCAGAGUACCUGGCUCUGGAGCAGUUCAAGGGGACAGAAACCACCACCAGCAGCAGUAGCGACAAGGCCAAGUCCAACGGGGUGCUGGUGCAGAAGAAAGGGAGCCAGCAGCAGCAGCAGCAGCAGGAUUCCGGGGAGGUGACUGAGCAGCUGUCCGGGCUGGUCAGGGCUCUGUGGACCUUCGAGUAUACACCUCAGCACAGCAGAGACUUCAAGGUAAUCAAAUGAAGAGAGUCAAGGGCUGAGUGGGUACACUUUGUACAAAAGAAGGGCCGUAAAACAACAACAAGACACACAACCUACUGAUGUAGAGAAACUGACUUUUUAAAGGACCAAAAUUAGAUCCAUUUACCUGCCUAGAACAAAGUUUCCUGAUAGACUUUCUGUGCCCCUGAGCUAUUUUGAAACUUUCACAGGGACUUGUAGAAAACAGAAGAUGUUGAGGUUACUUUCAAGUACAGCUUUGUUGAGUUUUGCUGUUUCCCACUCAGAGCAUAGCUUGAAUCUUAGUUAUAUUUUCAAUAAAUCUAUGUGAGCAGCUCAUAUGUAACCCUGAACAGAAGUCUCAAGUUUAAGAUUGUCACUGAUAAGUGCUGUCUGUGCACUGCUAAGUUUUAUGCAUGGCAAAAGAAGCCAUUCGAGCCAAAUUAGCUGUAUUACCUACAUUGGAUAUCUAUGAUCCAGUCUAGAAAUUUCAAUAUAUGGUAGACUUACUGAAUGAUUUUCUUCAGUUUGUCAGAAUAAUUACAGAUGUCAAUAGGCCCAAAUCACAUGAAAGUUUUCCUGUUACACUUUUGAUAGAUGCACACUAUGCACUAUAAGAAUAUGCACACACACACACAUGGAUAUAAUACAUUUUUGUACCCACUCUGUCUCCAUCAAUCAUAUCGAGCACAAACAAAACAUCAUACAGAUGUUGUAUUUCUUUGUUUUUUCAGUUUAAAAAGUGACGCAAUGGUUUGACUGGAUGCAAAUCUUGUAGGUUUAACAUUUCAAGAAUGCAAAAUAUAUUUAAGUGAACUCCCUACCAGUCAAAAAUACAUUGACUAACAAUAUUUGGCACCAAAACUUUGCCACCAUACAGAGGUUUGUUUUCAUUUUUGAUGAUCUAAUCCAAACACACCUUCUGAAAUAGAAUUUUUUUUUUUAAUUUAAGUGUCAUAGAAAGCUACAAGCAGCUUGUGGCAACACACAUAACAUAUGUCCUACUCCUGCAAAGUAAACAGCCAAUCCUAGUUUAUAAUUUGGUGUUGGCAGAGCGCCCCUGUCCUAAAUUUAACUCAGGUGAGCGCAGAUCUCUCAUGCUAUGUGAUAUCUUUUCUUACAGUUAAACCAACCUUAUCAUAGGAGAUUAAACUAUGAACCUAUUUGCUGAUCCAGUGAAGGACCUUUGUUGGGUAGAAGACAUCACCUGCUUCAUUUCAUGAUCAAAUGUAGGCAGUGUGGGAGUAUUACACCCUCUGAGAAAUACGGUUUGCAAGAUAUGUUCCUAAGAUUUUCAAGUAGUACCAAUUUGAAAACAUUAAAUUUCAUAGCCCAUUUGAAAAUCAGACACUAGGAUAAUGCAGAAACCAUUGGAUUUGACAAUCCCUUAAGUUUUCCUUUAAACAUAGAUAUUUGUAUUGGUUCGAAAAGGUGCAUCCCUAGAAUUAAGCAAAGCCAGCGUUUUCUUUGUUGGUUGUUGUGAGUGGUCUGCUAAGCUGUAAAGAAACUCAUGUUUUUAUUAACCACUCUUUUCUGUACGCACGAUCAGCCAUUCUUAAAGCCUUGUCUACUUUCUCAUCUCCUUACCUUACAAACCUGUAUCCUAGCAGUAAAAGUUGUCCUGUCGCAGCCACAGUCACAAAGGUUCCUUCUUUCAUAACAAGGAUACUUUAUUCUUCCUGCCUUUUUUGGUUCAAUAACCUAUUUUCUUCUUUGAAGAGCUGAAAAUACACAAAAGAGAAGGACUAAAUUGAACAGGGCCAUUAAACACAUUGCUUAUUCUUGACAGUGUUACUAUUUCUGUCCUUUUUCUCUACCUUGGUUGCCAGCCAGAGUACAAACUGUCUGAUUGGAUAUAGAUAAUUCUGCUUGGAGAAAAGAGGCCUUGAACAUGUAUAACUCAGUCUGGGGGGAAAGUACAAACUAAGGCUCUUAGACAAAGAUUCUUCAUCAAAAUCCUCUUCUAUAUAUACAAAUUUUGUCUAAUCCAUUUAACUGAAGUGACUCAUUCUUUCUCUGUAUGUUUCACUGACAACAUCCUGAGGUAUUUAUUUAUCUGCAGCUUCAGUAUUUAAUUUACUUACAAUUUACAAUCCCAGACUUUCUUUCUUAGAGAUUUUAGUUUCUUCUCUUCUGUUUAUAUGUCCAAACCUUACAUGCAGCUAAAUGAACUUUAUGAAAAACAUACCAUUUCGGAGGUACGUGUGCAUUAGAGCUUAGUGUACACAAACUGCAUGACGCUUUUGUCUCUCUUCCCUCCGACCACAAUCUGAGCCCAAACUGAGAGCACUUAUAGCUCAUUAGGAAGAUGUACAAACUCAUAACCAAAGGGAAUUAUCCACUCUAGAGUCAGUUUUCCCCCAGAAGCGGUUAUUUUGUUUACAUGCUAGACCAAAUGCAUCAGAAGACCUAAAUUGUCAUUUUACAUUACAGCAGACAAUCACCAGUUUAGCAGCAACAGGAAGUUCUCUUUUAUUUCUUUUAUAUUGCAGGGUAAGUGACAAACUGCCCACUCCCUGGACCUUCUCUGUCCUGCACCACUGCUAGAGUCCAUACUAUGGUCGCUUUGUGGCUGGUUUUCUUCAAUUUGAUCAACAUCUCUUUCUCUCAGCCCCUUGUAUGUUUUGAUAUCACUCACAAGUUCCUGUUUUCUUCAAUUUGGUUGAUGUCGUUUCCUCUCAGCCUUUUGUGUAAUUUAAUACUUGGUCGGUGUUUUUGUUACUUACAUUGAUGAAAAAAUUUUGCUAAAAUAAAGGGAAAAUACAGGUAUCCAAAAGAAAUAAGCUCACAUUUCAAUAAUAUAUGCAAACUGUUCUCUUUUUAAAAUUGUCUCAUAAUUGUACUGGUAUGAAUCGGAGGCCAAGAUUGAGAUCUGCUCUCAAUAACAGACCUUAACCCUUUACUUGUGUGGUUGAGCUAGAGGCAGUGCGAGCUUUUUAUUGGUUCAAAAUGCUGAGGUUGCCCUGGUAAUGCCUUCAAAAUGAGGCAGAGAGUCCCAUGGGGCAGGCUGGGCAGGCUCAGAGUGCAUUUUCCCUUCCUAUCUUUGACCUUGCGUGACAUUUGAUAGCCAAUCGAGGUGACUUUAUAGCUGCCAGCCUGCGUGGCUCUGUUGAGAACACGCUGUUUUCAUCUCCAGUAGCUAAGAGUCAGUGAGGUUACACCUGUGUCCUGGUUUCUCUACAUCUGUGUCUCACCCUCACCCUCACCCUGACUCUGCUGACCUUUAGGAUUGUGCUGAUGAUCAGGACGCACAAACAUGCUGAAUAUUUUAUAAGCCAGUGAUGUCACAAACAGAAAGGGUCCUCUUUAACCACAAUGUGUUUUUGCUCCUGUUGUGUGCCGCAGAAUGUGGUAUCCAAGAGCGCUCUCCAGUUCAAGGGAAACUCCCAGCAUGAUGCCCAAGAGUUUCUGCUCUGGUUGCUGGAUAGAGUACAUGAAGACCUCAACCACAUAGCCCAUCCUGAAAGCAGACCUCCCAGGAAGGUGAACCACAAUGUAUUUAUUGCACAUUCAGAGGAUUCAAGUGCACAGUAAACAAUGCCUAUAUAACAGCACAACAUAACAUAAAGUGAAUAUCUGGACAGUGAUGAUAUGUUAUAACUGAAAUUGUCCCUUUUCUGUCAGCCAAUUUAACAACAUUGUAGUAUUCUAAGAAACUGUUCACAGUCAGUGCAUGCAUUAAACUGUUCUUGUACAUGACAUAAUUGUGUCUGUCUUUUUUCAGCCUCCAGUAGAAGAAGAAAAUCCCCCUGAAGGAUCUCCACUACCAGCACCUGGCUCUUUUGUACAGGAGCUGUUUCAGGCACAAUACAGGUAACAACUAAGUAAUUAAUGGUAUAUAGUCUGUAUUUUAUUUUGCACAGUGACUCAAUAAUACAACUACUACUAAAAUUAAAGCUCCUUUGAGUAGCUUGUAGUUUGUGUUAAUUUUGGCGCUUCCUGGUGGACAAAGUAUUACAACUUAACUUAACUCUUAAUUGUACAUAUUUAUAAAAAAAAAAAAAAAAAGACAUCUCAUCCUGCUUUUUUAGUCGUUUAAGUACAUCACUGAGAAACUUUGCUGUAGAGUAUGUAAACAAAGGCUGUCUCUUCAGUGUAGCUUAUCACUUGAUCCAACGCCUGCCCCAAAGCAGUGCUUACUUCAGAAAAAACUAUGUGGAAACAGUGAAUCUUUAUGCUGAUGGUUCAUUUUUCUGCUUUCAUGGUCAUGGAGAGGAAUUAAUAGAAAUUUCAGCCUGUUUCAUUGUGGGCUAAAAAAAUUCUGAGAAGGGCUUCAAUGUCUUUACAGCUAAAUUAACUCUGUCAGAGCACCACUGUGAGCCGCCUGCCUCUGGAAGUUAACUCUGUAAUUCAUCAAUAACACUCAUGUCUAAGAGAUACUGGGGGUCUGAAAUCUUUAGAAACACCAUUAUGCAGUUGUAUCAGUUGUUUGAGAGUUUUGUGUGAAGUGAAGCCUCAGCUGGCAACAAAAAUAGCAUAGGUUAAAGACUAAGAGUUAAACAACAAACCUAUUUUUGGGAUCUAGUAAGAAGAUUUGACUCUUAAGUACCCAAAAAGUCAUAACUUUUUCAGUUGAAUUAGCUUAAAAUAAGACUGAAGAGUUAAAGGGAUAUUCCGGCAUAAAAUUAAUUUAGGGUCAAAUGUUGCUGAUCGCUUGCUUCUCUAGUUAUACCAACUUUAGUAACAACUGCACGAUAGCAAUACACAGCGGUCUGAGGAGCCAUAAACAAACCUCAACCAAAACGCCACUCUAUAGCUACAAAUAAUGCUCAGAACAGCACCUAACUUCAUCAACAGUAUAUAUAGGUGUCCCGCCAUAGCACUAGCCACCAAACAUCUUUUUAACUUUGCCUAAUUUCUUCGGCAAAGAGACUAAACACAACUCAACCACUCUCUUCCAGCAGCCGCUUGUUUGUAGUGAGACCUCAAUCCAGUCCAUUAUGGACUGCUGUGGACUGACACAGCUCAAGGAAGAACAUUUAUGAUCAUUUCUUCAUGGAAAUGCAAUCAGACUGAGGCAGAAGAACUACCACAUCUGCGUUGCAAAAUGACUACUAUAGUAUCAUUACUUCAGGGAAAUGAUAAAGUAAUGAUCAUAAAUGUUCUUCCUUGAGCUGCGUCACCCCACUGUAGUCCGUAAUGGACUGGCUUGAGGUCUCACUACAAACAAGCGGCUGCUGGAAGAGAGUGGGUGAGUUGUGUUUAGUCUCUUUGCUAAAGAAAUCAGGCAAAUUUAAAAAGAUAUUUGGUGGCUAGUGCUGUGGCUGGAACCCUAUGUGUAGUGUUGAUGGAGUUAGGUGCUGUUCUGAGCAUUAUUUGUGGCUAUAGAGUGGUGUUUUGGUUGAGGUUUGUUUAUGGCUCCUCAGAUCGCUGUGUAUUGCUAUCCUGCAGUCAUUACUUAAGUUGGUAUAACUAGAGAAGCAAACAGUCUGCAACAUUUAUCUCUCGAGGGGGUGUCUAACUCGGUGUUACAGUGUGUUUGACUCUAAAUUAAUUUUACGCCGUAAUAUCCCUUUAAAUAAAAAACCUAUUUUUGUAAUCUAGUAACAAGAUUUGACUCUAAGUACCCCAAAAGUCAUAAAUUUUUCAGCUGAAUUAGCCUGAAAAGUUGUGGGGUUAUCACUGUAUAGAGCAGACUGUUCAAAUUAAGGGUAUACUAAGCUAAUGUGCAUUAUAAAGUGAUUUUUUUUUUUUUACCCAUUAUUCCAAAAAGUGAUCUAUUGUUACUCCAAAAACAUAUCUCUGUUCCUUUAGUAUGAUCCACUGACAAUAAUAUGUGUCUGUUUUAUUAUUCUCCUCUUGUAGGUCCUCGCUGACCUGCCCUCACUGCCAGAAACAGAGCAACACCUUUGAUCCUUUCCUCUGCAUUUCACUGCCAAUCCCGGUACCUCACACACGGUAAGCUGACUCUGUGCGCAGGUAAGAAAAUAUUUAUCAGACAGAAAAAGUCCUUGUUUCCAAAAAUGCGACGAAACAAGAUACAGUCUGAGCGGAGCAUUAAAGAGAGUGUCAAACCCAGCUGAGACAAACACCAUGAAACUUCUGACAGGACGAAGCUAAAAUUAGAAGUUUCCGUCUAUCUUUGAAAGCCUGUCCAGCAGUUGCUUAUAAAACAGACAAUUAAUUUUAGUGUCUCUGUGUUGCAGGCCGCUGUAUGUGACAGUGGUGUACCAAGGAAAGUGCUCCCACUGUAUGAGAGUCGGGGUGGCGGUACCUCUCUCUGGCACUGUGUCCAGGCUGCGACAAGCUGUGGCUCAAGAGACCAAAAUCCCUGCCCAGCAGGUGACGUCUUAUUAGGGCUGCACUUUUUUAAAGCUAACAAUAUAUAAAUGAAGAGAGUCAAACAUCUACAACAGAACCAGAUAACACAGGAAUGUUUUCCUUCUAUAAAAAGAUUAAAGUUUUAUGAAAGUAAUAGAAAAAGAGUUUAUAAAGUUAUCUUCAAGUUACAAAUAAGCAAGCAUGAAUGAAAAACUCUUUCCCUCUCUGUCUGUUUACAGAUUGUCCUCACUGAAAUGUACUUUGACGGCUUUCACCGCUCCUUCUGUGACGAUGACGAUGACCUCGAGAUCAUUCAGGAGAGCGACUCCAUCUUUGCCUUUGAAACACCUGAGCUUUUCAGACCGGAGCAGAUCCGUUCCAAGCGAGGCGGUACAGCAUCCUGUUUACUCCCUUAUAAAGUAUAUAUAUAAAGUAAUAUAAGUUUAGUGCUUCCUCAUCACAUGCCAAGAGGAGAUGAGAUUAGAUAAGAAAGGGACUUUUAUUGGAGAAGCAGUUCAUUCAGGAAGCUGUGCCGUACACUGACCAGACAGGUUUUUUUUUUUAUUUUUUAAAGCAGCACAAAAACCUUUUUUUUCCCUACACUUGUAAUUUAACGUUUCAUGUCUCUAAUCAAUACAGGGAGCCCACAUGCCAAUCUAAACCAGAACAACCUGAAGUAUGGCACAGAUAACAACAGGAUAUCCACACAAAUACAAGAGCCAACAACUCCACCUCAGAGUCCGAACAAGAACAGCGGCCAGGCUGAGAAGAUUGUCUUGUUGGUGUGUAACAGAGCCUGUGCCGGACAGCAGGGAAGAAGGUAUCCAACAGUCUUGCUCUAUAACCAAACAUGUUUAACUUAAAGUUUUGUUCAUCUGUUUUAAGGCUGUCAAAGUUGCUUCGAAAUGGUGUUCAAAUAUUUGUUCUGAAAAUAACACAGAGGUUCGAACAUAUUCCAAUAUCUAGCCUACACAGCUUGCAUAUAACUUUAUCUCACUCAGCAUUUUUUCCGUCUACCAUGUCUGCCCAAAAUCUGAAGAAUUUCCAAACCGAGCUUCUAAAGUUCGUUGGAGUCCAGACCACUCCUCCGAGUUUGGCUCCAAACAUCCCGCCAUCUCUCUCUGCAUGUGCCACGGACGGCUUUUGUUGAGUCUCACUGCAUGUGCAGCUCCUGUGACCCGUCCCUGACCCGUUACAGUGCGCUCAGUCGCAAAGCAGCCACUGUUUUUUUUUUUCAGUGUUUUUCCCACACAGUUUUUUCCACUGGUUAUCUUAUAUUCCAAUAUUAAUUUUCACAUUCGAAUCUCAUUUUAUUUUAAAUAUUCGAAUAUACAUUUGAAUUAAGAAUAUUUGUGGACAACCCUAAUCUGUUUAGCUUUAUUUUUUUUUUAAAGAGAAUAACUCAUGUAUUUACUCAACUUUUGAUUGUAUGAGUAUUGUGAUAUUUUGUGUUGAUGUACUCUCUUUCUAAACUGGGCUUGAGUACCUAUCUUUGCUCUGUUAACUUUACAAAAAACAGCGAACAAAUUUUGUCAUUUGUUAUUUCUGCAGGUUUGGUAAUCCAUUCAUCUUGUAUUUGGAGCGAACAGUGACAUGGGAUGUACUCCAGAAAGAGAUACUAGAGAAAAUGAGGCAUCUAUUGCGCCCGGGAGUUUUCGUGCAGGUGCUCAUUACAUCCACUUAGACACUUUCUUUUCUAAGAUUUUCAUUUUUGAACUUUCCUUGUUUUUUUAAUGCCCCUUUUUUAAUCUUCUCCAGGUGGGGCCCUUCACUCUGCGAGUGGUAGGGGUGGUUGGGAUCACAUAUCUCUUACCUCAGGAGGAGCAGCCUCUAUGUCACCCCUCGGUGGAAAGGUAACCACACUCAUCACCACUAGGGGGCAGUGUUUCCAUUCACAUGAACAUUCAUUACAUAAACCCUGCAGUGUGCUCGAUCUACUUGAUGUUGAUUGAGGAGCUACAGUAUGCAGGCCAGCUCUUUGGCUGUAUUGAUGUAAAAAUACCUCCUGAGAUGUAUAACAGCCUGUCUGGUUUUAUGGAUUUUCCUCUCAGAAGGUGUUGACCUCUGAGCUUGUUGCAUAGAUUUUUUCAAAUGAGGGGAAUGGGACAAAAAUAAUAUCUGCUGCACUGCUGCGGCACGAAAAAACAGACAUGAAACUUUGACCUUUUCGCAGAAAGUUUUUUUUCUCAUCAUGUUAGAUGCAAUAGAUGCAAUUUCAAAACAUAUGGUCUUCAUCAAAGUCUUGGAUGCUCAGUGUCAUCUGAAUUACUCAUGUUGGUCCUCUUUUGAUUUCUCCUCUUCAUCAGGGCAUUUAAGUCUUGCGGUCCUGGAGGUCCACCUCAUGUCAAAAUAGUUGUUGAAUGGGACAAGGAGACGAAAGACUAGUGAGUAACAUCUGAAGCUCUGCUCUACACCCUUUAUCAGACUCCAGGCUCAUACGUGAUGUCUACUUUCAGGCCUGUGUGAAACAUAAAUAAGGUAUAGAAAAAGUCUUUUGAAGUCUCCUCUGAUCCUUCGGUGACUUGCAUCAUGUUCUGCUUGCAGUCUGUUCAAAAGAACCGAGGAUGAAUAUAUCCCAGAUGCUGAGAGUGUGCGUCAAGUGAAAGAGCAACACCUGCAGCCUCAGACAUGCUCCCUGGCCCAGUGCUUUCAGCUUUACACCAAAGAGGAGCAGGUAGGCGGGUCCCUCCCACUGAGGAAGUGUGCAGUUGUGUUCGUACCGAUCUUGAGGGUUUUGUGGCAGAGCAAUUACAUUUCCAUGGGAGUUAUGAAGUUAAUACUGUUAACAACGUGUUAAGAAAUUUGAUAUUUAAGACUUUUCUUUGUCUCAUAUUCAUAUAAACGGGUAUGAUACAAAGCCAUACUGUAAAAAACUUAAGCAUGACUCUGAAAACACACAUAAAUCAAAUAAGAAUACAAAAAACAAAAAAAAGUAAGGCUGGCUUAAAUUCCUGUCUCCAUUAUUUAAAAAACUAACUGGUGAAUUUACAGGUUAAAAAAAACAUCAAACACUCUUUAUUUUGUUUUAUUUAUUUUAUUUUUACAAUCGUCAUCUUUUCAUUUUUAUUUCAGCUGGCCCCUGAUGAUGCAUGGAGAUGUCCUCACUGUAAGCAGCUUCAGCAGGGCAGCAUCAAGCUCAGCUUGUGGACCCUGCCGGACAUCCUUAUACUCCACCUGAAGCGCUUCAGACAGGUACUGAUGUCGACUCACACAUGAACAAAUGGUCAGGCUGCAAAAAAAAAAAAAAAAUUCCAGUGUCUCUUCUGAAAUCAUUUACUAGACCUGCAUGAAAAACUUACCUGGGUCAAGGAAGAGGAUCGCCACAGUAUGAAGUCAUAUGAGGUUGACUUCAGAGUCAUACACAGGAUUUCUGCUGGGUCUUAAAAACUCUUAAAAAGUCUAAAAUCCAACAAUUUGAAUUUAAGGCCUCAAAAUAUCUAAAAUUCUCUCAAAAUCUCAUAAACUGUCUUAAAUGCGAUUUUGAAAGGUAUUAAAAAUGUAUUCACUCAACUUAUGAAUAAAUAACUUGCCAUAAAAAUAAAGAUUGAUUUGAAGUAACUUAAAAUGAAUUGAUUUUCCCUCAUGUCUUUUGUACUUUUUGGAUGUAAAAUGGGUCUUAAAUUGUAUUUAUUACUGUCUAAAUAAGUCUUUAAAAGUCUUAAAUUUAACUUAUUGAAACCUGCAGAGACCCUGCAUACAGGCCUGCUGUGGAAAAACUACAUUGCUCAGAAGAUGGACCACAAAUAGUCACAAAGUGUGCUCCUGUUUUAAGCAGCUGCACAAAUGUGAAAAACCAGGUGACGAUAAAGUAUUUUAUUAAUGAAGUGCUUGUUUGAAUAGAGGCUGGAAUAAACAAAAGGAUAAAAGUUUUAAAGAUAAUAUGAAAUAGUUGUCACAUUGAGAAUGUGACUCUCCUUACCUGUCUUUCAUCUGAUAUUCAAAUAAAUAAUCAGUUUGAUCAAAAGAAAAUAAUUGUUCAAAGCAGCGCAGAUCAGAUUUAAAUCUACUUUGUUCAUUUGGAUGGCUUCAUGUCAUGCACAGAUGAAAGGUGUGUUAUUCAGAUACAGAUGACGCAAGUAAUCGUUGGUUUUUAUUCUUUCAGUCUGGUCUGAUGUAUCUUAAGCACAAGGAAAUAAUAAAAGAAAAAAAGUGAGGUUCCUUUCCUUAAGGAAUUUGAACUAUCUGACUGUCGAAUACUUCCUGGUUAUGUAGACAUCAAAAAGAUACUUUAAUUCACAAAACAUAAACAAAAAGCAUCAAUGUGUGCUUUGAAUAUAUUAAAUGAGCUGUUAUGCAUUAAUUUUGGGCAAAAUAUGCUCUAGUAUACAAGUAAAACCCAAAACACAAUACAUCAGCUUGCUAAGAGAAGGGGCUUACUGUGCCAUAUUGUAUAUAACUAUUCAGCAAUGAUGACAAUCCACCUUAAAAUGACCUAAAACAAUAUAUAUGCACCCAAAGUCUGUCAAUAUUUCUUUGACAUUGAUAUAAUCAAGCUGCUCCAGGAUGUAAGUUAGAGAUGCUGACAGCUUCACAGAGCUGCAAAAAAGUGUUUUGCAAACUGGACCUUAAAGGGACAUUCUAGUGCUUGCUUGUACGCAGACCUCCGGGCCAGUCCAUUAUUGACGGGGCGGGGCAGUGGGGUGACACAGCUCAAGGAAGAACAUUCACGAUCGUUUCCUCACGAUCAUGAAUGGGGCGGGGCAGUGGGGUGACACAGCUCAAGGAUAAACAUUUAUGAUCAUUUCCUUGUGGAAAUGCAAUCAGACCGAGACACUAAGGCAGAAGAACUACCCUUAGUACCCUGAGUAUCCCUUAAGGCCAGAGCAGAGGGCGGGGCAAGUUAUGUGAAAUUCUUGGUGUUAGUAGCAGCUCAGACGUUUUACACUUAAACUCAAAAGAACUCGCUGUCAGAUAAAAUAAGAUAAAUGUGCUCUACUUUCAGGACGGGGAUCGGAGAAUGAAGAUGCAGAACAUGGUGAAGUUCCCUCUCACUGGUAUGGACAUGGCACCCCACAUGGUGAAGAGGAGCCAGAGCAGCUGGAGUCUCCCCUCCCAUUGGUCACCAUGGAGACGGCCUUAUGGGAUGGGCCGUGACCCUGAGGACUACCUUUAUGACUUGUACGCUGUGUGUAACCAUCACGGGACCAUGCAGGGGGGGCAUUACACAGGUAAGAGGAUCAAGAACCAAGCGCUGAUGUUGAUUUGUUUCAGCUCUCCAAAAUAUUUAUUCUUAGUUUUGUUUCGUCUUUUAGCUCACUGUAAGAACUCCAUCGAUGGACAAUGGUACUGCUUUGAUGAUAGCGAUGUUCAUCCCAUGUCUGAAGACGAGGUCUGUAAGCCAACUGGUUACAUCCUGUUUUAUCAAAGACGCGCCACAAUCCCAUCAUGGUCCGCAAACAGUUCUGUGGGAGGUAAUUCAUCAGUUCAAGCUCAUAAAAUCACGUGUAAGCGUUUCCUUCAUAAACAUGAUUAACAGCUAAGCACUGUCUGCUUUUAGGGUCCACGAGUUCUUCUCUGUGUGAGCACUGGAUUAGUCGGCUGAUAGGAAGCCGUCCACCCAGCCAAGCCUCAUCCGGUUCCUCCAGACGCACCUCCUUGGCAUCUCUCUCAGAGUCAGCUGAGUUUGCUGGUGAACGGAGCGAGGAUGAUGGUGAGAAGCUCAUUAAAAACCACAGUAUCUCAAAGAAUCGCUGAGAAACUUCAGCUGAAAUGUGUCUUUUUACUGCGCAGGUUUAUCGAGCCGUCAGGCAGUAAGAGGCAUGCAAAGACAAACUUUCUCGUCAAGAUCUUCUAUCGCCAGUCCUCUUGUGCUAAGUGAAAACGGCACCAAACCAUCCUGGCCGCACUCCACAAAGCUUCAGCUUCGAUCCAACUCGCCCUCACGCUUCUCCCUGGAGUCCCACUCCUCCUCCCCGACUCUGGAGAUGAUAGGAGAGGUGGUGGAUAACUUCCCUGGCUCACCGAAACCGGACAAACUGUCCGGGGGUCGGUCAGCUCUCACGGCUUUGGACAGUAAUCUGAGCAGCAGGAGGCUGAUAGAGCAGGUUCACUCCAAAGCUGUGGCCCAGGCGGAGCAGAGGAGCUCCACCCAGGCUGGGGAGAACAACAAUGUGGUCACCUCUUCCGAACAGGUCAGUCCUCGGCAUGGGGCAGCGGUGAAGGAGCAGAAACAAAGAAACGGGGCAGGAGAUAGCGCCAGUGUGAAAAGGAACUCAGCAAAGACGGGAUUAGAGAGUGAAAGGAGUCCCAAAAAACGCCCUGCCACCUCCUCUACAUCCUCCAGCUCCCUGUCCCCUGCGUCUCCAGCUGUUGACAAGCUAACAUCUCGAUCGCAGACCAAAAGCACGGCGUCGGUGUCCAGCCCCAAGGAUAGGAAUGAUGGUGCGGCUAAAGCUAGCAAGGCAAGUUCCUCAAGGACUGCCACUCCCUCUAAGAAAGCCUCCUCCCAAACCCCGGAGGUGUUACGUCCUGACUCGGCGCAACAGAGGAAAAGCGGUUCUCCGGGAUCACAAAACUCUCACCCUCCGAGAAGGACAUCGCCAAGAACUGGAGGUGAGAGAAGCUCUGCCUCAGGAAGGACUAAAGCAGCAGACAGGAGCACUAGCCGGGAUUCCUCGAGGACCAGUGCUGUCCCAGAAAAGAAGACGAACUCUGGAGGUCUUUCCUCUAGGUCGAGUGCUGCAAGCAGGGCAGAGAGCAGACCAGGUCGGGGUGCUGAGAAUAGACCAGCAGGUCGUAGCUCGAGCAGCAGCUCCUCUAUGACGAGUCUCAGAUCCUCUAGUGUAGGUGUUUCCUCUGCAAGCGCAGCCCCGCCAUCAAGAGGGCCUCGAAGGAACAGUAAAACAGAGGAGAAAGGUUUAUCCUUUUUCAAAACUGCUCUGAGGCCCAAAGACGCUCGUAAAACAGGCGAUGGCGUGAAAACAGGGGCAGGAGAGACUAAAGGAAGUCCAGAGGAUGGUAACGGGGAUGCGGCACGAGAAGGAGCAGGUAAGAAAGCCCAGAAUGUUGCCUUAGAGGCCAAUUCGAAUACAGCCAAAGACAAGGAGUCGUCAAAAGCAUCUGCGACAGCUAAGCACUCACUGCUGCCCUCCACAAAGUCGAAGCUUUCUGGAGCAGAAACAAACACCCAGCAGUCCUCUGCCAACGCAAAAGAGCCAUCAAAGAAAGAGCCUGCGAAAAAGACAAUGCAGUCGAGGAAGAUCCCCAUCAACCCCACACCAACUAGCCAGAAGGCCAAGUGA